AGAGUGCAUACAUACUUUGGUCCCUAUCUUUUUUCUGCUAGUUGCUAAUGACGUAUAACUCCACUUCUCUCAACACACACACCCCAUCCAUCUUUCUAUAAGCAAAGAUAACUCCCCUUGAGACCAAUCUCAAAUACUCAAAACAAAUUAAAACUGUCUCUAUAGAGAACUUGAAUUCAUCAUGGCUGGUGCCAUUAAUUACUUGGACACCAUGUUAGUCCCCUUGAGUCUUUUCAUCACAAUUGGUUACCAUGCCUAUCUUUGGCAUCACUUGAAGUAUAAGCCUUCUCACACCACUAUUGGCAUGAACAUGCUCAAGAGGAGAUCUUGGCUGCGUGAGCUCAAUCAAGGAAGUGAAAAGAAAGGCACGUUGGCUGUCCAAAGUUUGAGAAAUGCUUUAAUGGAGACAAUACUGACAGCUACAAUCACAAUUCUCAUCAUAUUGGCAAUGGCAGCUUUGACAAACAAUACUUUAAAAGUGAGCAACCUCUUUACUAGUGCUUUCUUUGGGUCACAAACAGGGAAGACAAUUGUACUAAAAUAUGGAUCAGCAACAAUUUUCUUGGUGGCUAGCUUCUUGUGUAGCUCUAUGGCACUUGGUUUCUUAAUAGAUGCUAAUUUCUUGGUGAAUGCAUUGGGGGAAUUCUCUAUAAAUCCAAGACACACAGAGACCAUAUUUGAAAGAGGAUUUACAUUGGCUUUUGUUGGUGACAGAGUGCUCUGUAUGACAUUUCCUCUUUUGUUUUGGAUGUUUGGUCCUGUUCCUGUUGUUGUCUCUUCCUUGGCAUUGGUUUGGGGUCUGCGCGAGCGCGAUUUUGCUGCAAAUUUGUCAACAAAUAUGAAUAAGACUUGUACUUGAAGUAGUCUAUGUUGAUCCAAUAUUGGUUUGUUGAAACAUAGUUUAAAAUAAUUAUGUACUGUCAGUCCGUGCACAAAAGUUGGUCUCGUGUUAGAAUAAGCUAAGUGAAAUAUUGUGUGAAUUCGGUGGGUUGUGCCAUUUUUUUUGAGUCCUAAGGUUGAAUGUUUGCAAUCAUAAUCUAUAUUAAGCAAUAAAGAAAGAUUAAUGUAACGAGGAAA